GGGGGGGGGAGAGGCACACACAGAGGCGCGGAGGCUCGGAGAGAGGAGACGUGGAGGGAGGGACGGAGCCUGGACAGCGGUGGACGGGGACGCGCGCGCCAGGCAAAGCGCAGCGCUCAGCAGGCGCCGGGAACCGAGAGGGGAGGCUCGGGUGAUCUCUGGCCUUCCAUGCACAGAGCGCCCUCUCCUACAGCGGAGCAGCCACCUGGCAGAGGGGAUAACACCCGCCGGACCCCGCAGCCCCGACUCAAGGCAAGUGCCUCGACCAUGGCACUGCCUCGAACGCUGGGUGAGCUGCAGCUGUAUCGGGUCCUGCAGCGUGCCAACCUCCUUUCCUACUACGAGACCUUCAUCCAGCAGGGAGGGGACGAUGUGCAGCAGCUGUGUGAAGCCGGUGAGGAGGAGUUUCUGGAAAUCAUGGCACUUGUGGGCAUGGCCACCAAACCACUCCAUGUCCGACGUCUACAGAAGGCUCUGAGAGAGUGGGCCACCAACCCAGGGCUCUUCAGCCAGCCAGUGCCUGCUGUACCCGUCUCCAGCAUCCCACUUUUCAAGAUCUCUGAGACGGCGGGUACUCGGAAAGGGAGCAUGAGCAAUGGGCACGGCAGCCCGGGAGAAAAGGCAGGCAGUGCCCGAAGUUUUAGUCCCAAGAGUCCCCUUGAACUUGGAGAGAAGCUGUCACCGCUUCCUGGAGGACCUGGAGCAGGGGAUCCCCGGAUCUGGCCGGGCCAGAGUACUCCAGAAUCUGACGUUGGAGCAGGCGGAGAAGAGGAGGCUGGGUCACCCCCUUUCUCCCCACCUGCAUCGGGAGGAGUCCCCGAGGGGACUGGGGCGGUGGGGAUGGCUGCCGGUGGGACUGGGGGUGGUCCAGACCGCCUGGAACCGGAAAUGGUACGGAUGGUGGUAGAGAGUGUGGAGAGGAUCUUCCGGAGUUUCCCCAGGGGUGAUGCUGGAGAGGUCACAUCCCUGCUGAAGCUGAAUAAGAAGCUGGCGCGGAGUGUGGGCCACAUCUUUGAGAUGGAUGACAACGACAGCCAGAAAGAAGAGGAGAUCCGGAAGUACAGCAUCAUCUAUGGCCGCCUGGACUCCAAGCGGCGGGAGGGCAAGCAGCUCAGCUUGCAUGAGCUGACCAUCAACGAGGCUGCUGCCCAGUUCUGCAUGAGGGACAACACACUUUUACUUCGAAGGGUAGAACUCUUCUCAUUGUCCCGCCAAGUAGCCCGAGAGAGCACCUAUCUUUCCUCCUUGAAGGGAUCCAGGCUUCACUCUGAAGAGUUAGGAGGCCCACCACUGAAGAAACUGAAACAAGAGGUUGGGGAACAGAGUCAUACCGAAAUCCAGCAGCCUCCCCCAGGCCCCGAGUCCUAUGCACCCCCAUACCGCCCCAGCCUAGAGGAGGACAGCGCCAGUCUGUCUGGGGAGAGCCUAGAUGGCCACUUGCAGGCUGUGGGGUCGUGCCCAAGGCUGACGCCGCCCCCUGCUGACCUGCCCCUGGCAUUGCCAGCGCAUGGGCUAUGGAGCCGCCACAUCCUGCAGCAGACACUGAUGGAUGAGGGGCUGCGGCUCGCCCGCCUCGUCUCCCAUGAUCGCGUGGGCCGCCUCAGCCCCUGUGUGCCUGCGAAGCCGCCUCUCGCAGAAUUCGAGGAAGGCUUGCUGGACCGAUGCCCGGCCCCAGGACCUCAUCCCGCUCUGGUGGAGGGUCGUAGGAGCAGUGUGAAAGUGGAGGCCGAAGCCAGCCGGCAGUGAGAGUGGGGAUGUCUCAGGCCCAGGACCCAGACUUCUGGCUCACUCAGACCCCCAUAUUCUCCAUCCUUGAACUCUAGUCACCACCCUAGAAGGAUCCUUCUGCUGCCCUUCUGCCACCCAUCUGCCCCAUGGGCACAGGACUAUGGGGCUUCAAGCAAUAACAAGCAGGGGCCUGGCCAGAGGACACUAGGAGGGUGCAAGGUGCGCCCUCACCCGGCUCAGGGGCAUGGACUUUGCCUACAGCCUGCUGGGGCUCUCCCUACACACACACAGACACACACACACAGACACACACACACUCUCCCUCUCUCUCUCCAAUCGGCGGCCACCAGUGGUAUGAACAGGCUGGGAUCAGCUUGGAUGUGGGGGAAAGAACUUCCUGAGAAGGUCUAGCAGUUGAAAAUGGCUCUGUUCGCCCUGAUACUGGGGUCUCCUGGAAAACUGGAUCUCCCCAUCCCCAUUUUUUUUUUUGUGCUUCUAGUCUGUUUCUUUUAAUUUAACAAGUGCUGCGGUUUGCCCACCCAUCCUCAUCACCCCCCCUCCCAGCAGUUCGUUCUUGUACUGUGUGUGAGGGCUCCCCACAGUUCCCUCCACCAGCCUCUUAGAGGCCUGGGUUAGACCCUGGGUCUCCUCAGUCCAGCAGGAGGACUGCAGCACCUGUCAAACUCUUAGAGUGUCUUUCUUUUCAGAUUGUGUACAGUAGAUUAUUUAUUUUGUUAUUUUGGAAUAAAAUUUAUUUUAUGGCUUAGGA